AUGGCUCUCCUUCUGGCUUCAGAGGUCUACCACGUGCUGGGCAGUGUGGCUGCUCCAGAGAAGGUCGAGCUGGCACAGAUGGUUGAAAGAUGCAUGAGUGUCAUGCAGUCUGGGACUCAGAUGGUUAAGCUGAAGAGUGGAACCAAAGGGCUGGUCAGGCUCUUCUACCUGGAUGAGCACAGGACCUGUAUCCGAUGGAGACCCUCCAGGAAAAGCGAAAAGGCAAAAAUUGUCAUCGACUCCAUUUACAAGGUCACUGAGGGGCGGCAGUCGGAGAUCUUCCACCGCCACGCCGAGGGCAACUUUGACCCGAGCUGCUGCUUCACCAUCUACCAUGGCAACCACCUGGAGUCCCUGGACCUGAUCACCUCCAACCCCGAGGAGGCUCGCACCUGGAUCACAGGGCUGAAGUACCUGAUGGCUGGGAUAAGCGAUGAGGACUCUCUUGCCAAGCGCCAGAGAACACACGACAACUGGGUCAAGCAGACAUUUGAGGAGGCUGACAAGAACGGGGAUGGCAUUGAGGAGAUCCACCAGCUGAUGCACAAGCUCAAUGUGAACCUGCCCCGCAGGAAGGUUCGGCAGAUGUUCCAGGAAGCAGACACGGAUGAGAACCAAGGCACCCUGAACUUUGAAGAGUUCUCAGUGUUCUACAAGAUGAUGUCCAUGCGCCGAGACCUUUACUUGCUGCUCCUGGGCUACAGUGACAAGAAGGAUCACCUCACUGUUGAGCAGCUUGCUCAGUUUCUAAAGGUGGAGCAAAAGAUGUACAGUGUGACACCAGAAUAUUGCCUGGACAUCAUACAGAAGUUUGAAGUGUCAGAAGAAAACAAGAAGCAAAAUGUUCUUGGCAUUGAAGGUUUCACCAACUUCAUGCGCAGCCCUGCGUGCGACGUGUUCAACCCCCUGCACAGCGUCGUGCACCAGGACAUGGACCAGCCCCUCUGCAACUACUUCAUUGCCUCCUCCCACAACACCUACCUGUGUGGGGACCAGCUGCUGUCCCAGUCUCGUGUGGACAUGUACGCACGGGUGCUGCAGGAUGGCUGCCGCUGCGUCGAAGUGGAUUGCUGGGAUGGUCCAGAUGGAGAGCCAGUGGUGCACCAUGGCUACACCCUGACUUCUAAAAUCCUCUUCCGUGAUGUGGCUGAAACCAUCAACAAAUAUGCCUUCAUCAAAAAUGAGUUUCCUGUGAUCCUGUCUAUUGAAAACCACUGCAGCAUCCAGCAGCAAAAGAAGAUUGCUCAGUACUUGAAAGAAAUAUUUGGUGACAAACUGGACUUGUCAUCUGUAAGCACUGAAGAUCCCAGGCAGCUUCCUAGCCCUCAGAACUUGAAAGGGAAAAUCCUGGUGAAGGGUAAGAAGCUGCCCUGCAGUCUGGGAGCAGAUGCUGAGGAAGGAGAAGUUUCAGAAGAGGACAGUGCUGAUGAGAUUGAAGAUGACUGCAAACUAAAGCCUUGCUAUAGUAAUGGUGCAACUGAGCGCCAGGUGGAAUCUUUCAUAAGGACAAAACUGGAAUCUCUGAUAAAAGAGUCCCAAAUCAGGGACAAGGAAGAUCCUGACAGCUUCACUGUGAGAGCUCUGCUAAAGGCCACUCACCAGAGCCUCAAUGUUAACCUGAAGCAGAACCUGGACACGAAAGAAGGAAAAAAGUCUCAUGGUCGAUCAUUAAUGGGCAACUUUGGCAAACACAAG